AUGACCAUUGCUUCUGAUCAACCAGAGACACCUUCUGAAACAACUUCUCUUUUAUCUGGGCACAAUGAAUCCCCUGUACAGCCAAAAAGUGUUACGCGUAGAGCCCAGCGGGUCUUAUUCCUUGCGUGCCUCAUAGCAGUCACUGUCGAUAUCGGCAACUACAUCUCCGUUGCUCCCCAACUUCAGAUAUACGAGUUGAACAUCUGCCAGCGCUUGCAUCCGGAGGUCUUUGAUAGCACCCCCGGAAGGGGUCUCCCUUCAGUAUCUCCUUCGGCUUGUAAGGCUGCUGAUGUGCAGGGUGAGCUAGCAUUGCUCAAAGGUUGGAUGAGCACCUUUGACCAGCUUCCAAGCAUUGUUCUGGCACUUCCAUAUGGACUCAUGGCAGACCGCGUUGGUCGUAUACCAGUCCUAUUUCUGAGCCUGGCUGGGGCUGUCUUGGAGGAGAUGGCGAUCAGAAUUCUUGGUGGUGGUUCUCAGAUAACUACCUCCGUGGCUUUCACCAUCAUCGCGGAUGUUUUUCCUAUAGAGAAACGUGCCUGGAUGAUGUCAUCGAACGCCUGGAUACCUUGGAUGCUGGGACUAGCCUGCGAGAUCAGUAGCUUGUUUGCAAUCCUCUGGUUGCCGGAGACUAAACCAGCGCCCUCAAUAAACACCGUCAAUGAUGUCCAGCCGGAGACGGCAGGCCACUCAAAGCGAUCAUCGGCAUUCACAUGGGCAAGUGUAGUACACUUUGCCCGCUCACAGAUCGCUCAGCUGCACGAGUUCAUCUGCGAGUAUCCAAGUGCCCUGGUCAUCUCCAUCGCAUUCUUCUUUUCGAGCUAUGGAAUCGAAGCAGUUCCUUUCAUGCUCCAAUAUGUCUCCAAACGCCUUUCAUGGAGCUUAGCAGAGGGGAUAAUCAAUUGCUUCGCUUUGAUGCUCGUCCUUCCGAUAGCUACGAAGAUCCUCGACCGAUAUUUGUCACCCGUGCAGAGAGACAUCAGAAUGGCGCUAGGCUGCGCAUGUCUGUUGAUGGCUGCUUUUGUCUUCAUGUGCGUGGCAUCUCAUCCAGCAGUGUUCGUUGUAGGAGUUGCUCUGGUUGCUUUUGGAGGGGGGUUCUACGCCGCUCUGCGCAGCGUCGGGAGUGCUUUGGUUGGGCCAUCGCAUGUGGGACUCCUUAAUACGACCAUAACGCUGACACAGGGAGCUGGACUCAUGAUAUCUGGGCCACUCCUAGCUGGAUUGUUUCGAGCAGGGAUGGCCUGGGAAGGGGUGUGGAUGGGGCUGCCAUGGAUGGCAGGAGUUAUCCUGUUUGCAGCAACCAUUCUGACGGUGUAUUGUCUCCAAGUCCAGGGCUAG